AUGAAAAAGCUUGAAGUUUUGGAUUUAUCUCAUACUGGACUCUUUUUGUUACCACCAUCUAUAUCAAGUUUGGACAGUCUCAAAGUUCUAUAUCUAGUUGAUUGCAAAAAUUUGAGCAACCUCCCUUCUGACAUUGAUGAACUUGAGCAACUUGAAGCACUUGAUAUUCGGGGGAGUGCAUUCAAUAAUAUUCCAGUUGAAAUUGAAAAGUUGAGUUGUUUGAGGCGCUUGUGGGUAUCCUUUAUUAAGUCUGGAAAUGAAAAUGCACAUUUAAACUACGACAUAAUUUCAAAACUUCCUAAAUUGGAAGAAUUGAUUAUUGAUGUGAAUUCAGUUGAGGAGUUGCCCAAUGAGAUGGUAGAGAAUAUCAUAAAAGAAGUAGCAACAUUGCAACAAUUUAAAAGUCUAAAGAUUUGUUUAUCCAAAAAGGUUGCUGUUGUCAUAGAGCUUAAGUCUAGUACAUCUCUCCAUAUUUGUAGUCCUGAAACUGCAUUUGCUCUAUAUUUGACAAAAAAUAGUUCAUGGAGAGAUGCCACAUUUCAAUUUUACAUUGGUUGCCAAAACUUUGAAAAUUCUCAAUUUCCCAAAUUUUAUGAUAAGUAUAUCAAACAUUGCAAUGGUGCAAGUAGCGGUUUUCCAUUUCCUGAGGCCCUUGCUGAAGCAGAUGCAUUGGAAUUAGUCAAUCACAAGAACAUCAAGCAGCUAUCAGACUUUGGGAUUAGCAUGAAUGUGGUCCAAGGUUGUCUAAUUGAAAGUUGUGAUGCAAUUGAAACCAUCGUGGGUGACAGUGAAGUAUUACCAAAGGUAGAGUACUUAGUCCUAAAAAAUCUACCAAAGCUGAAAAGCAUUUGGAAGGGCCCAGGCCUAACCAAAUUAACGACUCUAGAUUUGAUUAGUUGGCAAAUGCUGGUCAAGAUUUUUCCUGCUGGCGUGAUUCAACAACUUUAUGAAAUCCAGUAUUUGAAAAUUGAUAAGUGUCAAGAAAUUGAAGAAAUAAUUGCAGAAUCUGACGCUGUUAGAAAUCUGAACGUACUGCCAAAGCUGAAGCAAUUGAUUCUCCUUGACAUGCCAAAAUUAACAAGUGUCUACGCUAUCGAGUCACUGGAGUGGGGAUCCUUGGAGAAGAUUGAGAUUUUAAAGUGUCCUAUUUUGCUUAAAUUGCCUUUCAACAAAGAUAACGCAGCAAAGCUAGAAACUAUUGAAGCAGAGCAGGAAUAA